CAACCAAUCAGUGCGCAGCUACCUCCAUUUCCCGAGUUGUAAAACCAGCAUUGAGCUUUCCGCUACUCUCCAAUUAAAAGCCCGUUGUGUGAGGAUGUCGGUGUGACUUCACUCUCUGGGACUCCGUGGGUCGCUUAAUGGAAUUGCAGAACCACAUGUGUAACUAAGUAUGCCGUAUGCCAUGACGCCUCCUUCCACAUUUCCUUGACAACCACGUAUCUGACACCGACAUUCAGUCCACUCUGUUUGUCUUAGGGAGCACCAUGUCCGUCACACUGCUGUGGGCGGUAGAUGUGUAUGGGAGGGUGUACAGUGUUUCCACCGCUGGCCAGCAUUGGGUGCGCACCGAAGACGCACUUUUGGAGCUCAAGCGCGUCACCGCCGGGAAAGGUCGCUGUUGGGGCAUCGGCUGUGACCACCACGUAUAUCUCAACAUGAUACCCCAUGAGAUGCCCAUCCGCUACAAAGAGGAGACCUAUGAAAACCAGCGGUGGAAUCCUGUGGACGGCUUCACGGAUACGCUGCUGCCCACCGACCGCUGGCCGUGGAGCGACGUGACUGGGAUGAAUCCUCAACCGCUCCAUAGCUUCCAGUUGCCGUCCCGCAGCUGGGAGUGGGAGGGGGACUGGUAUGUGGACCACAACUGUGGGGGAGAACCCAGUCAGACCGGGGGUUGGGAAUAUGCCGUCGACUUCCCCGCUAACUUCUCUCCCGACAAGAAGUGGAACUCUUGCGUGCGUCGUAGGCGCUGGAUCCGCUACAGAAGAUAUACAGCACAAGGCACCUGGGCGAAGAUCCCCUUGGACCAUCCCAGGAAGCCCCCUCUACCUCUAUGCGACAUCAGCUGCGGCGGCUGGGAGAUGAGUGACGAGUCUGGGAGGUAUCCUUACCUUUGGGCUGUGUCUCAACAAGGACAGGUGUGGUUCAGGGAGGGCAUCCACCCUCGGAUCCCAGAGGGCACACGCUGGGACGAGGUCGAGGUGCCCAAGGAGGUGGUCCAGUUAUCACUCGGUCCGAGAGACCUACUGUGGGCCGUUCUGUGGGAUGGCAACCUGCUGGUCCGUACGGGCCUCAGCCUGGACAGUCCCACUGGCACAUCGUGGCUGGAAGUAGAAUCACCCGAGAAGGAGAUGGAAACCCUCCACGUGUCUGUCGGAGUUAGCGUUGUGUGGGUGAUCACGAAGGACUACAAGGUGUGGUUCAGGCGGGGCGUCAAUUCGCACAAUCCCUGCGGGUCGGGAUGGAUCAGCAUCGUCGGCGAGAUGAUGAUGCUUGACGUGGGGCUCAACGACCAGGUUUGGGCUGUCGGUGAGGACCGCGGUCUGUAUUUCCGAAUUGGGGUGACGCCAUCCGAACCAAGUGGGAAUGGCUGGAUCCCCGUUUCUGCCGAGUGGGGCAACAGUAAAGAGAAUGUCCCACCCAGGGGCGGCCUCAAGUCGAGUAGCCAGCUGAAAGAAGCCUCCCAAGGCUCAGUGCUGAGCUGCACCGACUCCGAUUCAGAGUUAGGCCCGAGUGACCCAUCAAACAGCACAAAUGACACCCCAGUCCUGGAAGCAGCUGCCCCUUCGGUGGUCCCCUUAGGAGGAGCACCUAUCGUCCCUGUAGAUACUCAAGAUGCUCCCACACCACCUAAAUCCUUAAUCCCCGCAAGCGACAGCUUCAUCAACAGCCUGGUUUCGGACCGUGACAAAACCUCCACAAACCAACAGUCCGGCUUACAGAUUGAGGAGGAGGGUCAGUUCUCCCCAGCGCAGAUCCUCAUGAGCCCAGAGGCCUCUGGACCCGGGGCCCCUUGGAGUAACGUGGACCUCGAAAGCGCGGAGGUGGCUCGAAGCACGCAAGCAGAAGGGCCUCACUUGCGCAAUGGCAGCGCCCCUUACGGCAUGGGUCUGGAGGGUGCACAAGGUGUCGGGGAUGAGGACGGUCCCGUGUGGGCCUGGAUCUCAGGAGGGGGGUGCAACGUGGACGCUGCUUCGCAAGUCAGCUGGCUCAGUGCUACAGGCCCACUGGUCAGCUCUUUGUCACUGACCCCAGUGCAGUCUUCAGUAUGGAGCGAUCAGCAGCACAGAGAAGAAAUCAGCAAGAAACCUCUGGAAAGAAGCAAUUCCAUCUGGGUGCGUAAAGGCACGCUAUGUUGGUGGAGGGACUGGAAGCCGCAUCGGUGGGUGGACGUGGCCGUGGCUCUGGAGCAGUCCACCAAGUCAGACGGGGGGAAGGACAGCAUCUUCUUCGUUUACUACACACGUUAUGAUGAGAAAAAGUACCUUCACAUCUUCAUCAAUGAAGUGACAGCACUGGUUCCAGUGUUGCGGGACAGCCACUAUGCUUUUGCCGUGUACACGGGCCCCAGGACCAGACUGAGGAGUCCCCUGGUCCUGGCGGCCCAAACUGAAAAGGACAUGAAAGACUGGCUGAACUUGUUGUCGGAUGUUUGCUGCGAGUGCCGCGGAAUCGCAACUCCGCCGUCCAGGCAGGCCUUGUGGUCCACAACGUCCAAAGGGGACAUUUUUGUCCACGAGCCGUCCUUUUCCCUGGAGGCGCCCGCUCACACGCUGUCAUGUGACCUCAUGUUCUGGCGGCAGGUGCCCGGCCACCUUCGCUGUGUAGAGUCUAACAGUCUGGGGCUGGUGUGGGGCAUCGGGUGGGAUGGCACGGCCUGGGUGUACAGUGGGGGCUCCGGACGGCAGGCUAACUCUGCAGAUGCAGGCCACGCGUACCAGCAGACUGACGUCAGGAGCGUGCACGUGUAUGAAAAUCAAAGAUGGAACCCCGUGACAGGCUACACGGACAGAGGACUUCCCACUGACCGCCCCAUGUGGAGUGAUGAGAGCGGACUGAGGGAGUGCACCAAAGGCAACACACAGCCGCCCUCCCCUCAAUGGGCAUGGGUGUCCGAGUGGGCUGUGGACCACAGUGUUCCCGGUGGGACGGACAAGGAGGGAUGGCAGUAUGCUGCCGACUUUCCCGUAACAUUUCAUGGCCACAAAACACUGAAGGAUUUUGUUCGGCGAAGGCGUUGGACAAGAAAGUGUAAGAUCACACUGAGGGGUCCGUGGCAGCCGGUCCCGCCCAUCCCCUUGAGCGACAUCUCCCUGAUGUCGUGCCUGGCCCACAGCAGCAUGGAGCAGGUCCCCCUUUGGGCCCUCAGCGACAAGGGGGACGUGCUGUGCCGGCUGGGUGUCACCCCACAAAACCCAGCGGGCAGCUCAUGGCUUCAUGUCGGCACCGACCAGCCCUUCAAGUCCAUCUCCAUCGGCGGAGCCAGCCAGGUGUGGGCCAUCGCCAAGGAUGGAGCCGUCUUCUACAGGGGCUCCGUGUCCCCACAAAACCCUGCAGGAGAAUGCUGGUACCACAUCCCCUCUCCAUCCCGCCAGACCUUGAGACAAUUGUCCGUGGGCCGUACGUCCGUGUUUGCAGUGGAUGAAAACGGGAAUUUGUGGUACAGACAAGGCCUGACCCCGAGCUACCCCCAAGGCUCUGCUUGGGAGGUCAUCUCCAAUAAUGCCACCAAAGUCUCGGUGGGACCACUGGACCAGGUAUGGAUGAUAGCAGACGGAAUGGCAGGCUUCCCCGCAGAGACUCCAGGGACCGUUUGUCACAGGCUGGGGGUGGGACCCAUGCAGCCGAAAGGUCAACUGUGGGACUACGGCAUUGGGGGAGGAUGGGAGCACAUCAGCGUGCGGGCCAACUCGGUGGAGGCCCCCCGCACGCAACACCCGCUGUCCACUGCACCACCGCCGCCGUCGCCACGGAGGCCGCUCCCCCCGCGGGCCAACGGGGCCGCCGUGGGUGUGUAAAUGCGUCCUUCUCUCCCUCCCUCUUCUUCCUCUCGUUUGUGCCUGGAUCCACUUUGAGAACAUAAGCGCCACAAACACAAAUGCACAAUCAUCAUCAUCUUCUGUGUUGGGAAUCACUCGCGAGCCACUAGUGAGUCGGCCAUUUGUCGGCCCUCGAUAUGCCGCACAUGCAUCUUGAAUUGCAGUUGAACAAUGAUGGUGACUAGAAAAGCACUAUAUCCCAUGAUGCAUUGCGCUGAAAUGAUGUCCCACUUAAGGUCCAUGUACUAGUAUGCUAUUUGUCCUCACUUAUAAGUCAAUUCAGUGGAAAAGUAGACCUCGACCCCUGGUAGAGUGACUCUGACUUGGCGUUCACGUUUUUCUUAAACUACGCUACUGUCACUUUUGUGUAACACUAGUAGUCUACUAGUAACACUAGUAGUGCUAGUAGUUUUGCCUCACUCGUAACAUAAUUGCCCUAAUGUUAUACCUGCCUGUAUAAGUUGUUUUGUGCCGAAAUAUUAGUCAGUAGUGGAAAUAAAAAUCUUAGCCCUAAGAGUCUACUUGUGUGCUGAAUUUUCUUAGUAGUGAGGAGAAAGAGCUACUGGGCAACCUUGGCAUACUAGUAGACUUUUACAUGCCACUAAAUGAGGUAAAACUGUGCACUAGUUGACAACUAUGUGCUACUAGUACUGCCAUUGACAUGAUAUAGUUCUGCUAGUUAACCUCUAGCAGUUCACUAGCUGUACUAGUUGAGUGCAGCUCGUCAAGUUGGCAGAGUGCCCAACCCCCACCCGACCCCCCCAGUUGUUCUACUAGUGCGCUUUAUUAUGUCCGAGGACAAAGAGCGUAUUAGUACACAGACCUUAAACUGGACAUCAAAAAUAUUGAAUCAAUGCUCAAACUGUUUUGAAACUGUUUGAUGAUUUAAUAUUCUUGAUGGUUCUUGUACUAGUGGAAACAUGUUUUACUAGCAAGUACGAUGAAGUCAUUCAGGAAUGAGUGAAUGAUUCCAAAACAUGUAUUUGGAUGACGAAGCGAAGGGGGGAGCGAUUUGGGGGAAUGAUCCAAACUAUUUUGCAUGUUAGCGUCUUUUUCUGCAUUUUUGACAGCGGCUUGAAUUCAAAUGCAAAAAAAAAAAAAAAAUCCUGUCAGCAUUGAUCAGGGUAAGGGCUAAGAGAAACAAAACAUCCCAAACGGUCUUUUCGGUUGAUUGUCUUGGUGUCUUGCCAUUUAUCAUGCAUGUUAUUUAUUUUAUUAUUAUUUAUGUAUGUGCUUGUCUGAUGUGCUUUUUGGACCUGUUUGUAACACUUUUGUGGUGCCCCCCCAAG